AUGUGCCGUAGAGGAAUGUUGGGCCGGAGCCCCCUGCUGGAUAUUGGGCCUUCAACCAGUGCCGAGCGGCCCUCUUACGUAGCCCGGCGGUUGAGACGCACUGCAGUGACUGUUGAGACGAGAGGGUCGGUGGGUGCAGCAGAGGUGUGGUUUGAGCGCUCAGCACCAGCGGAGUCAUGGCGGCAGGUGAAAGUGUUGCUGAGCGAGGACGUUGUUGCACUGCAAGCCAAGGGGGAGGAGGCGCGACUUGCGGCUGGGGGCCACCGCGCAAGCACUGCAGCAGAAGCAGCGCUGAACAGAGGGCGCAGAGUUGGAGAGGUAGCACGGAAGCCGCCAGCAGCGAGUCCUCCUUGCGCUUCGCCAACAGAGACGCGCGACGCAGAAGGCCGGCUGACAGUCGCUGCUCAAGCCGCUAAGUUCCUCGCCGGCAUCAAGGCUGGACACUGCGUCCUCUACACUGUCGGCGAGGAGGACUCCGCCAGCUCUGUCUACCUGGCGACAACUUGGGACCACAACGCCGCACGGCUCAAACCUCUUGGCCGGCCCAGCAAGGUGCGCGCGCUCUUAGAGACGGUCCACUGGGACACCUCAGGAGCCGCAAGCUGCACCUGCGAUCGGGGGCGGCUCUUCUUUGGAGCCCCUUGCGUUCACAAGCUCGCGCUACAAGCGCUGGAAGGGCCAAGGCAAGCGAGCCACAUCUCUCUGCAGAGGGGCGCCAGGGUGGUUGAGGCACCUUGUAGACCUGGAGAGCGUGUGUUUGGUGUCUACUGGAACGCAGCGUCCCCCUCGCCGCACAGGACGAUGGUUCACUUCGGCGCCAGCGAGCGGUUUCCCUGGUACUGCGAGGGGAGGCAAGGCGGUUGCUCAAAGACAGCUGACUGCAGCCACAUCCUAGAGGUGAAGAGCGCUCUGCAGCGACCAGAAGGCGUUCCAAGGCUUAGCGGAUGUCUAUUUUCAGAGGAGCAGCUAGAGCGGGCCCUUGUUUCCGUUCAUCGGGGGGGAGGCGUUGUACGAAUUGAGGCAGGCGGCGCAGCAGCGCGUGGCACCCGUGAGAGGUGCGCGGCUGGUGCACAAGGUCCGGCUGGAGACGAGGGCUCCCCCUCAGUGGAUGCUUCUGCAGAGCUAGAAGCGAAUCUCCUCGAGCUAGUCAUUGGCGGCCACCACGAGGCGACCUGCAAGGGGGAAAGCUGCUUCUGCAAGCAGCAUCCUACGCUGUUUGGCGGCGUCGAUCUGGGCGGCGAGGCGUGUGCGUCCAGAUGCUGUAGCUCUGCGUCUGCAAGCGGGAAGCGGGCUCGAUCGGAGCAAGUGGACGGAGGUGCAGCUGUUGAGGCGAAGCGAGGGGUGAAGCGGAGGGGCAAACACUUCUGGGCCGCCAGGGGACAUGAUGCAGCAGAGCCGAUGGCGGCAGGCGACGCGCGCAGCUGCGAGGACUCAGAGGUCGAGGGCUGCAGUGGCGUCGGCGUGGGAAGGCGUGGCGAGGUCAUGGUCCCUGUUUGCACGAGCUGCGCUUGUCCUUCAAGGGUUUGCAAACAUGGCGUGUCAGGGCGCGUUGCGGUGGUGCUUCCUAUGGAGGCAGAGGGGGUCCAGGUCGAGAUCCCAAAGCUGGUGCGCCUUGUAGACAGCUGGGAUGUGCAUGACCCUGAGGUCACCCUGUUGCGCGAACCUGUGAGGUGGUCGCAAGAGGUGAAGGUCUGCAUCUAUUCAUGCGGCUGCCCUGAAAAACAUACACUCCACUUCAAUGGAGAAGCCCUUGGCCUCUUUGCCUGGACCAGUUCGGUCAUCGUCACCCAAGCGUCGUGCCAGCUUCUGCUGCGGUCCGUCCAAGAGUCUGGCUCGGCUUCCAACGGCUUCAUAUCAGCGUGUGCGGAAGUCCGGCGGCAGUACAAACCAAGUGCGGUGCUCCUCUCGGAAGAGACCUGGCGCAAGGCGAGCCUGGGCUUCUUCAGGCUGUGCGGACGGUCCAUCCUCGAAUGCUGCAGCAUCUGCGGGCUGCAUCCAAAGGUACUUCUGUGUGACGGCAUCGCUGGCUUGGCUUGCGCUGACGGUGGGCGGCAGAAGGGGGGUUUGUCAGGGACCAAAGCAGCAGCCGUGCGCCCGUUCACAGCGCCGAGCCAGGACUCUGCUGGGGUCAACGUGGAGAAGACCAUGGAGGCGGGCAUCAACUUCUGCGCUGCGUCUCUCGAGGGACGGGGGAUGAAGCGGCGUCUUCUGAUCCAGCCUGAGCUGCGGACGCUGCUUGCGCGUUUCAGUGGGCGUCAUCCGAGAGAUCCUGAACUUGGGAAGUCCCUGGCUCCAAUCGAGUACCAAGAGCUCCUGGUUGCGCUCGAGCGGGCUGACGUCGAAGCAGUGAGCCACUUCGUGCCCGACCCAGAUGAUGCUGAUGCAGACCCCGUUCUUCUUCACUGGAGGCGGCGCAUCCUGAUGGAGCAGACCGGCCAGAUUCGCUCAAAGAACCAAUCCAUGUUCGAGCUCCUUGAUGGAAUCGAGAGGGAGGCGCUGCGUGAGAAUCCGCGCUGGCCCCCGCUCUGCCCCGGCAAGUGGUCGGAGCUCCUCUACGGGCUGGGCGCCCCUCUCUCCGUCUCGGACGACUCGAACCUCAUUCAGCACGGACGGGCGCUGGCCGUCGUGCGAAAGCUCCUCCUCGGUGGCGCUGCAACCGGCGAAGACAAAGCCACCUUGGCUGAGCAUGCGCCGGUUUUGCGGCGGCUGCUCGACCACUACGGCGACGUCUUCCCAGACUUCUUCAUGCCCGCUCUGCACCACCUCUAUCGCCUCACUCUAUUCGGUCGGGGGGCGUGCGGCCUGGGUGUGGAUCGAGCAGGGUGGGCGCUCUCGGCCAUCGAAGGGCUAGACCACUGCGUGAGCCUGGCUCGAGAUUUCCGCACGCAGGGAGUCCCUCCGGACGCUCAGCAGCUGGAUCCGUUUCGCUUCUGGGAGGCACGUGCCAGCGAGCUGCUGCCCGGGGUCGAAAGCCUAACUCCGCCAGCUCCGCAGCAGUACCCUCUUUUCCAGGCGAAGCUCUACCUUCUGCGCGAGAGAUUGGGGCUCGAGGCCGACGGCGCUGAACCCCAUGCCCUUUCCCCCGACCAUCCCUUCUGUAAAGAGCAACGCGAGCUGGGCUGCUACCCCCUGCCGGGCUGGGAGCAGAAGCGGCCUCUCCCCCAGUACAAGCCGUUCGAGGAUGCGCUUGGAAGGUCGAUUGAUCGGCAGGAAGUACAUCGCUGCCGGAGCGAGCUCACAGUGGGCCAGUUCGACGCUGAGAUCAAUACCAAGAGCAGUGUGAAGACCGCGAAGCGACUGCAGCAGCACACCAAGGGCGGGUUCGUGUUCUGCUGCCCUCACAGAGUCAUCUACGGGUUCCAUGUCAUGUUGCGGGGCGAGUCCCCUCAUGACCCGUUCACCGUGCUCUACACGCGCCUCCACCGACGGCACCUCCUGGACUACCUCUUCUACGACAACGCCUGCAAGCUCCAGGCUUACUGCAUGAGGCGCGAGCCCGCGUUCUUUGCGGAUGUCCGCUUCCUUGUGGACCGGUUCCACUUCCAACGAACUGAUGCCGAGGCGCACAAGUGUGGGCCAGGGUUUAAUCCGGACUUGUAUGAUGCUGUGCGCUUUGUCAACUCCUCCGCUGUUGAGAGCUGCAACUCGUUCCUGGUCAAAUUCAAGGUGCUAGCUUGGUUCUCUAGCCUAGAUGCGUUCUUGGUCAUUCUAGCUAACGUCGUUAGCGGGCGAAAUUCGAAGCUAAGGAGAGUCGAUGACCCUAAGCUACGGAUAGCUGGAAGAGCAGACACGUGGACUCCGGCAGUACGGGAUUGCCUCUUAAGUUAUUGA